AACUCUCUAAAAAAAAUAAAAAUGGCGGCGUUUUUGCAGACGAACAUCCGAAUGAGUUCGAUCAAGAUCGUCCCGGGAAAAUACAGUGCUCUCACCGACCAUUAUCGCACGCCGUGUCGUGUAAGGUGUGCCGCCUCUUCACCGGGGAAAAAACGUUUUAACAUCGCUCUACUUCCCGGCGACGGAAUUGGUCCAGAAGUUAUCGCUGUUGCUAAGACUGUGCUUCAGAAAGCUGGAUCUCUUGAAGGACUGGAGUUUGAUUUCCAGGAGAUGCCUGUCGGAGGAGCAGCCUUGGAUUUGGUCGGAGUUCCCAUGCCGGAGGAAACUUUCACCGCUGCUAAACAGUCUGAUGCUAUACUUCUUGGAGCUAUUGGAGGGUACAAAUGGGACAAGAAUGAGAAACAUCUGAGACCUGAGAUGGCUCUGUUUUAUCUUCGAAGAGAUCUCAAAGUCUUUGCAAAUCUAAGACCUGCUACCGUUUUGCCAGAGUUAGUUGAUGCAUCCACGUUGAAGAAAGAAGUAGCAGAAGGUGUUGAUAUGAUGAUUGUAAGAGAGCUCACUGGAGGUAUUUACUUUGGAGAGCCAAGAGGCAUUAAGAUCAAUGAAAAUGGCGAAGAAGUUGGCAUUAGUACAGAGAUCUACGCUGCUCACGAGAUUGACAGAAUUGCUCGUGUUGCAUUCGAGACUGCUAGGAAAAGGCGUGGCAAGUUGUGUUCUGUGGACAAAGCCAAUGUGUUGGAUGCAUCAAUAUUAUGGAGGAAAAGAGUAACAGCGUUAGCCUCUGAAUAUCCAGAUGUUGAACUAUCACAUAUGUAUGUUGAUAAUGCUGCAAUGCAGCUUAUCCGUGACCCCAAACAGUUUGACACAAUCGUCACCAAUAACAUUUUUGGUGAUAUAUUAUCUGAUGAAGCUUCAAUGAUCACUGGAAGCAUUGGAAUGCUUCCAUCUGCGAGUCUCAGUGAAUCGGGACCUGGACUCUUUGAACCUAUACACGGUUCUGCACCAGAUAUAGCUGGACAAGACAAGGCAAACCCAUUGGCCACUAUUCUCAGCGCCGCUAUGCUUCUGAAAUAUGGACUUGGAGAAGAAAAAGCUGCAAAGAGGAUUGAAGACGCUGUCGCGGAUGCUCUGAGCAAAGGGUUCAGAACUGGAGACAUCUACUCCCCCGGAAAUAAACUGGUGGGAUGCAAAGAAAUGGGAGAAGAGGUGCUCAAAUCAGUGGACUCCAAAGUUCCAGCUACUGUUUAAGUGUAUUGAUGAUUUGCAAAUGUGUGUCGUAUUGAUUUUACGGUUACUUAUAUGCUAAUCCAUGUAUUAGAAACCGUAUUAUUCUAGCAUUUCAACAAAUUAAUGAAUAAGUGGGAUUGAUUCUGCAAUUCAAAGA